AUGCCAGCAACCUACAGCACAACCAGACUCAACAACCUCGACUGUCAGAUGAGACAUUAUGCUGGAGCCUACAAUCGCGACACGAUCAGAAUGAUUGCACAACGGCUCAGUGACGAUCUCUAUCAUGAUGGUUCUGCUGCUCGUCUCGAAGUUGCAAUCGAGUAUGCCAAUCGUCAAUAUCGCUCGGGCAAGUUCACAAAGGCAGGUGAUGCGAUCAGUCUGUUCAACCCAGACGACAAGUACAACAAAGCAUGUCAUUCCAGAUAUCAUCGAACAGGAAGGGCCAAGUGGAUAGCCAAGUCAUCGAAUGGACCAUUGAGGUUCGCCGACACAUACACUGGCCCUCUCUACAAAUACGACGUCUCUGGCAUGUACGCAGCCAUCAUGAGGAGCAGCACAUUCUCAGUGCCGAUCAAGAAAGGCGAGUUCCAUCAACUGACUGACGAGGAACUCAGCGCCAAGUCUGGCUUCCCCUUUGGCAUCUACCGCGCGAUAAUCAAAGGUGAGCACAGAGCGUUCAGACCCAGCGAGCACAACUAUUAUACUCACUACGAUAUGGUGAUAUUGAUUUAA